AAUUUGAGCCUGAUGGAUUAAGAAAUGCUUUUGGAUAUUCUGCGUUAAACUCUUAGUAGAAUUCUAAAGCAGUCUGUGGAAUAACUAAAUUUUGGUUUUGAAAAUCUGGCAAAGAUUGGAAAUUUUGAAAGUCUUCUAAAUUUUUUCGAAGUAUAAAAUGUAUAAAAUAGUAAAAUCUUCUUUACUGCGGCCAAAUUUUGCUUUGCGAUUUUAUCCAAAGCCGCGUAGUAUUAGCUCUGAAGAUGCAAACAAAAUUCAAAAGUAUAAAGAUUUGAAUUCAAAAGAGCGAAAGGAAGAAAACGAUCCUUCCAUAACGAGAAAGUUUGGUCCAACGGAUGGAAAAUUUCCCAAGUUUACCGAAUAUGCGAUCGUUGGCGGAGGGGUCAUGGGUUCGGCCAUUGCUUAUUCCAUGAAACAACGAGCUCCUAACAGUUUUCAGUUGAUGGUAGUCGAAAGGGAUCCCAAAUACACACGGUCGUCCACAGCACAUUCUGUUGGAGGAAUUCGUCAGCAGUUUUCCUUGCCGGAAAAUAUCCAGCUUUCCAUGUAUGGUGUAGAGUUCCUUAAGAAUAUCAAGCAGCAUCUAAGCGUUUCUGGUGACGAUCCUCCUGAAGUACAGUUUCAACCUAAUGGCUACCUUUUCUUGGCAAGUGAAGAAGGAGCGGAGCAGAUGGUACAGAAUCACAAAAUUCAAAAAGAACUGGGAGCCAAAGUUGAGCUUCUGCGACCAAAACAAUUGAGUUUGAAAUUUCCUUGGUUAAAUUUAGACGGUAUAGAAAUGGGAUCAUAUGGUUUUGAAAACGAAGGCUGGUUUGAUCCAUGGGCUUUACUCUGCGCCUUCAAGAAGAAAGCUGUAUCUUUAGGUGCCAAUUACGUUCACGGAGAGGUGAUAGGAUUUGAAUUUGAAGAUAAGUCAUAUAUUGCUGAUGACACCAUAGACCCUACUAUUCGAACUCAUAGAAUGUAUGUAAAAGACGAAGUUGGCGAAGUACAUUCCGUUGAAUUUGGGAAUUUAGUAAUUACUGCAGGACCAUAUUCCGGUGAUGUUGUGAAAAUGCUGCACGAUGGUCUAGGACCCGAGUUUUUGAAAAUACCUCUUCCCGUUGAACCAAGGAAAAGAUAUGUUUAUGUUAUUAACUGUGAGAAAGGACCUGGCAAAGACAUGCCUCUCACAAUUGAUCCGACGGGUACAUACGCACGUCCAGAAGGAUUUUCUGGUAAAUAUCUUUGUGGAAGGUCACCGUUAUCUAAUGAAGAACCAGAUGUCAGCAGUUUAGAAGUCGAUUACGAUUUUUUCCAAAAAUCCGUUUGGCCAGCUUUGGCAUAUAGAAUACCAGCAUUCGAAGCGGUAAAGGUAUCAAGUGCAUGGGCUGGAUACUAUGAUUACAACACAUUCGACCAAAAUGCAUUAUUUGGUGCACAUCCUUACUUCCCAAAUGUAUUCUUUGCCACUGGUUUCAGUGGUCAUGGUAUACAAAUGGCUCCUGCUAUUGGACGGGCUAUGACAGAACUACUGUUAGAUAAAGCGUAUGUUACUAUCGACAUGUCAAGAUUCCAUUUGUAUCGCGUAUUUAAAGAAGAACCUUUGUACGAGCAAAAUAUUGUGUAAGAACUUUACGAUUAAAAUUUUCAAAACUCA